AUGCCCAAAUUUGUGCCACGGCAGAGAAAACACAGAGUUCUUGCCCGAAUAAAAGCGCAGCAAGAAGCUACUCGAGAUGGAGGGGCUGCAUCAUCAGAAAACGAUAGCAAUGCGCUGGAGAUUCUCCCAGACGCCCAGAAACAAGUUCGUGAAGCGAAAAGGGCACAGCUGAGAGAGGAAUUGAAUGGCGAAGUCAAAGUGAGCGGCAAAAAGGCCAAAAGACUUGAGAAGUACAUCGACAGCAAACUGAAAAAGGACGAAAAUCGAGUUCUGUUAGCCGAAUUGGCUAAGAAUAAGAUUGAUACCAGUUUAUUUUCAAGCAGUCGAACUCUCGGCCAGGGGAAAGAGACGAAGCGUCAGGCUAUUAGUCGCGUUCUAAGGGAAAGGCAAGCUGGUAUCAAUCAAGGCGACGACGACGUUCUUUUCGAAGCAAGACGUGUCCCGGCGAGUGAUGAGUCUGAUGAUGACGGUGAGGUGCAUUCGAAAUCCAACCGUUCUAUGGAACGGAACGGCGCACUUUUGGAUAAAACCGCAUUGAUAACAAAUGACCUUAAUGCGAGCGGUGAUAACGGUACGCCACAUGAGAAACCUGCGGUAUCAGUGGGGUCCGGGUUAAAGCGCCCCUUGGAGCUCGAUGAUGAGGGGCGACCAGUCAUUAAAAAAAGACAGAAACGUGGUGGCGUAAAAUCGAAAAUAUCUACGAAAACGGAACCUUUACAACCUGAACCGACCCCCGGUGACUCGGAUGAGCAAUUGGAUAGUGAUGGUGAUGGUGAUGGUGAUGGUGAUGAGUGGAAUGGGUUUGACUCUGUUGCAUCCGCCCACGAUUCAGCCGACUCUCAGGAUUCAUCGAAAGAAUCCGAAGAUGAGUCUUCCGAUGAAGAAUCCGGCAGUGAAGAAGAAUCAUCUGAAGAAGAGGGUAGUUCGAAUAAGAGAUCGUCAGCAUUUAAGGCUUGGGCUCACGGGCAACGCAAUGCCGCUCUCGGUUAUCAGCCGGUGGAUAGCAGUAAUUCGAUUUUGAAUAUUACUGUUCCCAAGAAUUUUAAACCACGCCCGCUAGAGCAAGAUCCUUUACCUCUUGAAUUACUUCCAACGAAAGAUAAUGACAGAAAGGCUUUCAGUGUCUCGGUUCAGAGGACACCCGAGAUACAAGAGGCACGGCUCAAGCUUCCAGUUGUGGCCGAGGAACAAAAGAUUAUGGAAGCCAUCCACAACAAUAAUGUGGUAUUAAUAUGUGGUGCGACUGGAUCAGGAAAAACGACUCAAGUGCCUCAAUUCCUAUUUGAAGCCGGUUAUGGAUCACCUAACUCUCCCACGCCUGGCUUGAUCGGCGUGACACAGCCACGAAAAGUUGCCGCUGUUAGCAUGUCGAAACGAGUGGGACAAGAACUUGGCGAUCAAUUAGAAACAGUUGCUUACCAAAUUCGAUUCGAGGGCACAGUAAAUGAGAAGACUGCUGUGAAGUUUAUGACAGACGGCGUACUGCUCCGUGAAGUUGCCAAUGAUAUUGCUCUUCGCAAGUACUCCGCAGUCAUCAUUGACGAAGCUCAUGAAAGAAGCGUUAACACGGACAUUCUUAUUGGAAUGCUAAGCCGAGUUGUUAAACUACGAGAGGAUAUGUCGCGCGAAGACCCUAAAAUAACCCCAUUGAAGUUAAUUAUCAUGUCGGCUACAUUACGGGUAGACGACUUUGUAAAAAACAAAACAUUAUUCCCCAUACCGCCGCCAGUCCUUAAUGUUGAGGGUCGCCAACAUCCGGUUACCAUGCACUUUUCUAGGCACACGCGCCACGAUUACGUUGACGAAGCCUUCAAGAAGAUAAUGAGAGGGCAUCGUAAACUUCCGCCUGGAAGUUUCCUCGUCUUCCUUACAGGGCAUGAUGAAAUACAAAGGCUGAGUAAAAAGCUUAGGGCCGAAACUGGUGCUUUAAACACCAUUGCCUAUCCGAAGGUUCGAAUAUCCGCCAACGACGUGCCUCUUGAAGUUGAGGAUAUCGACUUCGGAGAGACUAACGAAACUGCAAAUGACGAUAACGGUUUACCAUUUAUUGAUGACUACGAGGAAGAUGAAUCUGAAGAUGAUGCAGAAUUUGAUGUUUCGGAUGAAGUUGGAUCAGGACCUCUAAAGAUGCAUAUCCUACCGCUAUAUUCGCUCUUACCAACAAGAGAGCAGAUGCGCGUGUUUGAUGAUCCGCCAGAAGGUUCGCGGGCGAUCAUACUCGCAACUAAUAUCGCCGAGACUAGUUUGACCAUACCUGGAAUUCGGUAUGUGUUUGAUAGUGGGCGGUCAAAAGAACGAAAGUACAAUAGAGACACCGGAGUUCAAAGCUACGAAAUUAGUUGGAUUAGCAAAGCCAGCGCAAACCAGAGAGCUGGCCGUGCUGGUCGAACUGGACCAGGCCAUUGCUAUAGGUUAUAUUCCUCUGCCGUCUUUGAACGGGAUUUCUCUGAAUUCGCCGACCCCGAAUUAUUGAGAAUGCCUAUUGAAGGUGUGGUGCUACAGCUCAAGGCGAUGCGGCUGCAGCAUGUAGUCAACUUUCCUUUUCCAACGCCACCGGACCGAAUGAGUCUCAAAAAAGCAGAGAAGCUACUCCAGUAUCUCUCAGCUAUCACAGAAACCGGACAGGCCACUCAAAUUGGCACAACAAUGGCCAAAUUCCCUCUACCACCUCGCUUUGCGCGGAUUCUUCUAAUUGGACAUUUACAUGAGUGUCUCCCCUACACCGUCGCCCUCGUCGCAGGACUUUCCGUAGCACAAGUGUUUAUCCCGGAGAACCAAGUGAUACCAACUCUAUCCACCGACAGCGAACACGACUUCCGCACGAACCAAGAUGUCGCUGCAGAAAACCAGAAGACUCAAAUGCGACGGAAGUACAACGAAGUCCACCGUAACUUCUGCUCUCUAGACGACAGCUCCGAUGCCAUGAAACUACUCCAGGCAGUUGGGGAAUUCGCACACGACCCAACAGAGCAGUGGUGUAAGGACCACUUCGUGUUAUUCAAAUCCCUCCAGGAAACACAAAAGUUACGCCACCAACUCACAAGCCUGCUCCAAAAAGACAUCCCCGCAUUCGCAAAUCUAGUCUUCCAAAACAAACUCGACCGCCCCAGCGCAAAGCAAGUCACAGCCCUAAAACAAAUGGUAGCCGCCGGCUUCGUCGACCAAGUCGCCAUACGCGCAGACCUCGCCCCAACACCACCAGAACUCCACCGCAAACCCCGCCGCGCAAUCGACGUCCCGUACAUCCCCCUCCAACCCACCGACCCCUCCUCCCGCGACCCUCUAGACAGCCUCGUCUACAUCCACCCCACAUCCUGUCUCUCCCACCGCAGCCCGCAGGAAUGUCCCGAAUUCAUCAUCUACUCCAACCUCCAACGCGCCUCCCCUUCCUCCUCCUCGUCUUCCAAUCCCAAGACGCGAAUGCUCGCUUUAACCGACGUCUCCGGCGCCCAGCUCGCGGGCAUCGCGAAGGGGACCCCGCUUUUGACGUACGGGAAGCCGAUAAAGGAGGUUGUGAAGUCGGCUACCACGAGGGAGUGUUGGGUUGUGCCGUAUUUGCGGGCGGAGGGGACGGGCGGGUUGGGUUGGCCGUUGCCGGUGAAGAGGAUUUUGCAGAAGAGGGUUGUUGGGAAGGGGUGGGUUACUGAGUGA